UGUUGGUUUUCAGUAAUAUAUGUAUCUGCGCCUUAUCCCCAACUUAAGCCCAAAGGUACUUGACGGUCUUUGAUGAAGCGACGGCAACAAGUGUAAUUCAAUGGCGGAAGUUACAAGCAUGAACAACUGCUCCAUACACGACGGUGCCACCGAUACCGAGACUAACAACGGUUGUACUACCAACGGUACCGUUAUGGAUACCGUUAAAGUCACUGUGAAGAAAGCGAAUGUGAAAGAUCCGGAAAUUUUCAGUUGCUUGCUUCAACCGGCGAAUUCAGAUUCCGAUCGCGAUUCUGUCGGUGUUCGGCGAUUUCUUCUCGCUCGCAAAGCCGAGUACGGUGUUCAUCGCCGACUUGGUUGGAGAUGUAACGGAAAAGGUUAUGUGGCUUAUCGAAAUUACAUUAGUAGGCCAAGAAACUGGGAAAGUUCACAACUACCAAGCUACUCAAGCACUCCUGGGAACAGUGGGCGAUGGAUGUCAACUUCAAGUCCACUCUCACAUUUGUUCGAGGUGGAAAGCUGGAGCUCAAGCAAGGAUUUAAGAAGUGGAGCUCUGGCUUCAAAUCAUAGAACAAGUUUCAGCUCAAGCAUGAGUGAUAGUGAUCGCUCUCAUGGAAAAGGAGCUGAACCUGCAUAUUCGUUUGUGGGAAUGCACUGCAUCUUUGAUCAGUGCAAAGCUGCUGUUACAGUUUUGAAGUUUGGGCACAUGAGUUCUGAUCUACUUGCAUAUGGGGCUGCAGAUGGGACUUUAACAGUUUGCACUGUCUCUGACCCACCUUCAGUUAUCCAUCAAUUAAAAGGCCACUCAAAAGAUGUCACAGAUUUUGACUUCUCAUCUAACAAUCAAUAUAUCGCGUCAUCAUCAGAGGAUAAGACUGUGCGAGUAUGGGAGUUAUCGAAAGGCCUUUGCAUAAGAGUAAUAUAUGGAGUCUCUCAACAAUUGUGUAUUCGCUUUCAUCCUGUAAAUAACAACUUUCUUUCAGUUGGCAACACAAAUAAAGAGAUCACUGUUUUCAAUUUCAGCACUGGGAGGAUUAUUACCAAAUCCAUCUUCGACAGUGAAGUUACCUCAAUGGACCAUGAUCAUACUGGUCAUCUCGUUUUCUGUGGUGAUGCACAGGGAUGUGUAUACUCUGUAACUAUGGACUCUCACACAGGUGCAUUAUCCCGUUCUCAUCGUUAUAAAAGUACCAAUAAGCAGAAAUUUCCGAUCACUACUGUAAAGUAUCGAAGUUUCUCAUUGCUGGCCGGGGGUCCUGUGUUGCUGACAUGUACUAAAGACGGAAGUCUUUCAUUCUUUAGUGUUGCUUUGGAAGUACAAGGUUAUCUAACCAUACGUUGCUCGCUCAAAUUGACUCCAAGAAUACAUAGUAUUCGAGCAUCCUUCUGCCCCCUGCUUUCCCUUGAUAAGGGAGAAUAUAUAGUUACUGGGAGUGAGGAUUCAAAUGUCUACUUCUAUGACUUAACUCGGCCGAAACAUACAUGUGUAAAUAAGCUGCAGGGUCAUCGUUUUCCAGUUAUAGUAGUAGCUUGGAACCACGGAGAGAACUUGUUGGUUUCAGCGGACCUCUAUGGUGUUGUUAUAGUAUGGAAGAGAGCAAAAACAAGUUAACGCCGAUGUAUAACAUUAUACAGCGAUAUACGGUAAAAGCCCACUGAAGAUGGAAAAUCUCGGUUUGGUCAUGUCGUGAACCAUUCCAAUGUCCCAUUGAUGAGUAAACCAUGCGAUCAUCGGUUGACUAAAUUUUCAUUUAUGAUAUUUUAUAUUAAAUGUUGAGGGUUUUUUUUUUGGGGGUGGGGUGCAAU